CUUUGCUAUUGGACGCUGCACCCUUCCUGCACACUCGGGAUCCCAGAGGGGCGGCUGUGUGCGAGUUAUAGCGGGGCCUCGUUGUUCCUUGUGAAGCUGAAUAAGCAUGGAGCCGGCAGCAGGAGUGAAGACAGGGGCUGAUGAAGGCUAUUCUGUGGAUGUUGUACUGUCGGACAGUGAAGAUGAAGCUCCCUUACCUAAAAAGAGAAAUCAGGGUCUACGCGUUGCUCUCCCAUUCACUAACAAAAAGUGUGCCGGCAAGACUGCGAAAAAGAACCCCGACUCCUCACUUGUAAAACCAGGCAAAAAGGAUAGUAAGAAACCACCCUCUAGAGUGAAGAAAGAACAACGAUCCUGCAAGAAAAGACCAGCUCCUGGAUCUGAUUCAGAAGAUGAGGAUCCUACUUCCAACGUCGAAAAUCCAAGUGCUUUGCUGAAAAGGGCAAUGAACAUAAAGGAAAACAAAGCAAUGCUUGCUCAGCUUUUGUCAGAACUUAAUUCAAUGCCAGAUCUCUUUCCAGUAAGGACACCUUCCACAUCACCCGCAAAGCAGAAGAAGACUCCUCGGAGGACAUUUUCUGAAGGUCAUGUUGAACGGCGUACAAACCCAAACAGAAGUGCUCGGCCACCAGAGAACUUUGGUUUGGAAAAUUUUGCUUUGUCAGCUGUUAAGUUUGCUGAGCAUGUUCAUAAAUAUGGCAAGAAAGCUUUUAUAAAGCGGACUUUGAGUGAGGAUGAGAGAGAACAAUAUCAAAAGAGGAGGCGAUCUUCCAAGAAUACUGUGGUGCGUGCCGUAGAAGAUAUUACAGAAGAGGAGCUGCAAAAUGUUGCAGACUCAGUCAAGGAUAAAAUUUAUGAUAAGAUUUUGGGUAGUACUUGUCAUCAAUGUAGGCAGAAAACAAUUGACACUAAGACAGUUUGCCGUAAUCCUGGAUGCGGUGGUGUCAGAGGGCAAUUUUGUGGGCCCUGCUUGCGGAACCGAUAUGGGGAAGAUGUUCGAGAAGCACUUUUAGACCCUGAUUGGAUUUGUCCUCCUUGCCGUGACAUUUGUAACUGCAGUUACUGUCGAAAACGCGAUGGCCGCUGUGCAACUGGCAUGCUCAUUCAUUUGGCAAAGUUCUCUGGUUAUGACAAUGUGAAAGAAUACCUUGAGAGCCUGAAGAAACAAAUGGAGGAUGAAGACUGAACAGCUGUAAACAACCACAACUAGAACUAAUCCCAGUGAACGUUUCUACUUAUGGCUAAUAAACCCUGUGUAUCCAUUUAGGCACAAGGAACAGUAACACCAAAAAAUGAAAGAGCUUUAAGGUAAUAAAAAUAUAAUGUACUAUUGCCCUGCACUGGUAAAAGUUGUGUGUUUACUAUAGAAACACUACUAUAGUUUAUAUAAAUACACUGCUGUGAAUCUAUGGGGGCAGCCAUUUAAGCUGAAAAAAGGAGAAUAUGCACAGGUUCCAGACCAGAUAAUAUUCUGUAGAAUAUUAUGGUUUUUUUAUCUGCUACCUGCUAAGUAACCUGUGCCUUUUCUCCUUUGAAUAGCUGCCCCCAUGGCUACACAGCAGCUUUGUUUCCAAAACGAUAGUAGUCUUUCUGAGGCAAACACACAACUUUCAUCAGUGCAGGGCAACAGUAUAUUAUAUUGUAAUUAUUUCUAUACACCUUGUUUUUGAUGUUACUGUUCCUUUAAGCAACACCCUUUUUAAGUAAGGAACAAAAAAAUGUGCCUAAUUGGCACAUUUUCUUCUUUUAAAAAGAAAUUUAAAUCCCAGAAUAUACGGUUUUGUACAUGUUUUUAGUAGGUAUCCAGAAAUUUUAUAUUAGUGUGUAUAUAUAUUUUUUUAAAGUUUUAGUUAAAGCUCUUAAUCGCUGAAGUUUCCUUGUUCACUAUGAAUACUGCAAACAUGGAAAGGUUUGUAGCUGAUUUGACCAUGUUGUAAUGCUAAAUUGGCCUGAUCUGGGCAUUUGUUCUACUUUAUAAAAAGUUGAAGCAGG